AUGGAAUUUUUCCAAGAAAUCUAUCUAUAUUUUCUCAUAUUCUGCACAUAUCUAUCUAUCUAUCUCAUUUUCUCAUAUCUAUUUUUCUGGCUAGCUAUCUCUGUUCAUAUCCAUCUAUCUAUCUAUCUAUCUAUCUAUCUAUUUAUCUCAUAUUAUCUAUCUAAAAGAAUCCAUUCAUCCAUCUAUCCAUCAUCUAUCUAUCUCAUCUAUCUAUCUCAUUCAUCCAUAAUAUCAUCCAUUAUCUAUCUCAUCUCAUUCAUCCAUCUAUCUCAUCUAUUAUCUAUCUAUUCUAUCUAUCUAUCCAUCUAUUCAUCCAUCUAUCUAUCUAUCUAUCAUCUAUAUAUAAAUUAUCUAUCUAUAAAUAUCUAUCUAUAUAUGUCAUCUAUCCAUCUCAUCUAUCCAUCUAUCUAUCCAUAUAUCCAUCUAUCUAUUCAUCUCAUCUAUCUAUCUAUCCAUCUAUCCAUUCAUCAUCUAUCUAUCUUAAUCUAUUCAUCUAUCUCAUAUAUUCAUAUCAUAUCUAUUCAUCUAUCUAUCUAUCUAUCUAUCUAUCUAUCCAUCAUCUAUCUAUCUAUAUCUAUCUAUCUAUCUAUUCAUCUAUCUAUCUAUCUAUCUAUCUAUCUAUCUAUCUAUCUAUCUAUCAUUAUAUAUCUAUCUAUCUAUCUAUCUAUCUAUCUAUCUAUCUAUCUAUCUAUCUAUCUAUCUAUCUAUCUAUCUCAUCUAUCUAUAUAUCUAUCUAUCUCAUUCUAUCUAUUAUCUAUCUAUCAUCUAUCUAUCUAUCUAUUAUAUCUAUCUAUCUAUCUAUCUAUAUAUUUAUAA